AGUCAAGUUCUGAGACAGUGUACGGCUGCAGAGUCUGCGAGUGCGCACACGGAGGAGGACGCACACUGAGAGACUGGAGACACAUUGAGGACAUAAUACCAACCACAGAGGACACGAGGGGAAGAAGAAAAGGGGAGACAACGUGUGUGCACCGCAGUUUUAGAUGCGUGCGUGUGUCGAUCUAAAGUCGUCGUUAUCUCCAUCUGGCUGCCAUCUGGCCUCCCGUUUGUGGGAAUGCGGACACAUGCGUGACAUAUGAGGGAGAGACAAAACGCAGAGGAUAAGGACCGCUAAAGAACUGCAGCUUGACUUUCUCACAAGACUUUGACGUGUGGACUCUACUAGAGUGGAGACAGUAAAGAGAAGAAGAGCCCUGCCAUGCCCGGUUCUCCUGUGGAUGCUAAGACUCAUUCCAGAUCAGCUCCCAGCAGCAGCAUCGCCGCCAUGCCUCCCCUGCCCUCCAUCAACCCCAGCGGCCCACGCCUGGCCUCCUUCUCCACCACAGCACUGACCAACGGGAACCACCAUUCCCCACCCACCCUCAACGCGGUGCCGUCACCACCACAGCGCUACAGCAACGGGCCCUCGUCGUCGUCGUCGUCGUCACUGGCCAACCAGCAGCUGCCGGCCACCUGCGGCGCACGUCAGCUGAGCAAGCUCAAGCGCUUCCUGACCACACUGCAGCAGUUCGGCAACGACAUCUCCCCGGAGAUCGGAGACAGCGUCAGGAGCUUAGUGCUGGCCCUUGUGAAUUCAACGGUGACCAUUGAGGAGUUUCACUCCCGGCUUCAGGAGGCCACCAACUUUCCCUUAAGGCCGUUUGUUAUUCCCUUUCUUAAGGCGAACCUCCCCCUGCUGCAGAGAGAGCUGCUCCACUGUGCACGUGCAGCCAAGCAAACCCCCGCCCAGUACCUGUCCCAGCAUGAGCACCUCCUGCUCAGCACCACCAUGGCGUCCUCGCCCGACUCUUCUGAGCUGCUGAUGGAACCCGCCGAAGCCGCGGCCAAGAGGCCCAGCCCGAGCAGGGUCAAGGAGAACGGCUUCCACGAACGUCCGCCCGUAGCCUUGGAGCCUGCCGCCAAGCGCAUUUGCACCAUCAGCCCCGCUCCCCGCCACAGCCCCGCCCACCCGCUGCCACUCAAUGCCCAGCUGCACCCGACCCCUCCGCCUCUGCAGCACUACGCGCUGGAUGACAUCGCGGCACCGCACAUCCUACACCGUGAGCACAGCCAACGGAUGCUGGAGAUCAGAGAGCUCAAAGACAGACCGAGGCUGCCUGGCACUAACGGGGGCUUCCGUGAGGAGCCGGUGGACCAUAGGCUGACGGAUAGGGAGUGGGCUGAUGAAUGGAGGCAUCUGGACCACGUGUUGAACUCCAUCGUGGACAUGGUGGAAAAGACACGGAGGUCGGUGAGCGUCCUGCGGCGGUGUCAGGAGUCGGACCGCGAGGAGCUCAAUUACUGGAGGCGGCGCUCCAGCGAGCAGGAGGACGCUCGCAAAGGAGGCUCUGCGCCCUUCUCCAAAACGCACAGCCCCCACUCUGCAGAGUCGGAGUCCCAGCGCGACUUUGCCCCACGACCCGGCUCAGCGUACGUCACAGACGAGAUCUGGAGGAAAGCCGAGGAGGCGGUGAACGAGGUGAAGCGUCAAGCCAUGGACGAGGUGCAGAAGGCAGUGGCGGAGGCUGAGCAGAAGGCCUUCGAGAUGAUCGCCGCCGAGAGGGCCAAGAUGGAGAAAACGCUGGCCGAGGCCAAAAGGAAGGCUCAAGAGGACGCCAUCAUGGUCAUCAACGAGCAAGAGGAUUCCAGCGAGUGUUGUUGGAAUUGCGGCCGCAAAGCCAGCGAAACGUGCAGCGGCUGCAACGCAGCGCGCUACUGCGGCUCCUUCUGCCAGCACAAAGACUGGGAGAGGCACCACCUCAUCUGCAGCCCGGGACUUCAGGCUCAGCCCAAACCCGUUUCCGCCAUCGCUGCCGCCAGGGUGGCCGCCGGGGUGUCCCCUGCGGGCUUGGCCGGGAUCAAAGCCCCCGACAGCGUGCCCUCGGUGUCCAGUCCCGGCGGAGAGAAGGUGGCAUCUCGCUCGUCCACCCCUUCUACCCCGGCCUCGGCGCCUGAGACCAACGGACAUUAAAGAGUUUGCCUCCUUGCUGAACUAUUUGUGGGUCACGUCAGGGCAACACGUCUUUGGCGGAUAGAGAGGACGUUCAUCGGACCAACAUCUGAUGACCCAUCUCAGAUUAUAGAGAUUAAAAAGAUGUACAAAGACGCCUUCCUCUGAAGCAGCUUUUCUUUCCACUUCUUUUGUGUAUAAAUGUAGAUGAGGAGGAGGAGGAUGUCAUGUGUCAUAAAAGCAGUUUUAUUCUGUAGAUUUAAUCACAAAACACCUUGUUUCGCCAAAUUCCAGUCAGGUUGUGUGUGAAUGUGUCAACCGAUGUCUCCAAAUGUUUUUUCGCAAGGCAAUAUCAACACAAAGCAUUCAGGUAUUAUGUCACCAAAGUUACGAGUAUAUCCGCAUAAAACACACAAAAAAGACGUUUCCACCAAACGGUACUGUUCGGUUCGGAACCUUAAACCUUGAUCUGACUAACAAUGGAGAGCAUUUCUGUGAUCUUUUGCUUUGUUUCUGAAAACCAAUGAGUGUAGAAAAGCACCACCCUGAUGGUACCGUUACCCCUGCUGUAGUGUGUACCACUCAGUCUUGGCAUGCAUUGGAUUUAUCGCAGUUGGGAAACAGACCAGUUUACUUUUUGUGAUCUUUCAUUUUAUUUAUGAAGACCAAACAGUGCGGAAAACCACCACUCUCUUGGUACUCGUGCAGAAGGUGCCAAAAAGUGGUAGAGUACCGACCAGAUAUGGUAUGCAAGCGCUGCCCUUCAGCUGGCGGGAUACAUUCAGGUGGUCUACAACCAUGCAUUUCUACUCUACUCUCCGCAUCUUGCACCAUGUUCAACCAAACUCUACUACUUUGGUGGAAACGGAGCUUUUGAAAAUGAUGGCAAAUGGUUGUUUUCUUGUUUUUGUUUCAUUUUUUGUUUUAUUUUAGCACUUGAUCAGAGUGGUAGCAAAUGGACGUCAAAAGGCGGCGAGACCUCAGGAGAUUUUGUUUUCGUUUUCUUUGCAGCUUAAGUGAGCUUUUCUUAUGAGCUAAACACACUUGUCGUCUUUUGUUGCAAGAAAGAGUCUAUUUUCCUUUGCCCUGUUUGUCCUUUCAACACGUUUUUGGUACGAGUCACAUCCACGAGAGGUUUUCAUGACGUAAAGUACAAAAUAAAGAUAAUAGAGUUACUGUAAUCCA